CUCGGGGAAUUCCCGUAAAUUCCGGUGUUCCCCGGGAAUUAAAAGCACAUCGUACAUAUUUCAAAAGCGAGAGAAAAUAUAAAAAUAAACCUCUCCAACCCGGUAGCCCUGUCCCCCUUCUCUCACAAGCAAAUUGUCAAAGUAUUCAUCAGCUCAGUCUCAAUAUACCGCAACAUGACGAGCAUUACCAGCGCCGUUAACACGGAGAAGUGGGGCAAGGAAACGGAAAAGCAGCUUGGCGCCGGAGACGACGAUGCAUGGAGAAAGGACAUGUAUAUGGACACGAUCCCAUGGGAAUACGGCCGAUUUCGUGAGGUUCUAGAAAAGUAUAGCAAGAUCCCUCCGAACGAAGUCGAAGCGGAGAUCUUCAAGAUUCGAGACAAGGCUUGGGAAGUCGUCAAGUACCCCUGCAUCGGUUGUUUUACCUACCUGCGUCUCCUCGAAUUCGGCGAUGACGAACCGGAGAUGCAAAAAGCUCUCGAGCGGCUCAAGGCGCCUGGCUCGCAGGAUACUUUUCUCGAAAUAGGUGGUUUCAUAUGCCAGACGAUUCGACGGCUCGCUUUCGAGGGCGUCGAUUCGGCGCGCCUGUAUGGAACAGACUUACAUGCCGAGUUCCUCGAGCUGGGAUAUGAGCAGUUCCGCGACCGCGAGACUUUGAAAGCGACCUUUGUUGCAGGAGACAUGUUGCUCCCAGAGGAAGAGUACGCGGCUAGCUCUCUGGCCGGAACGCUCGACGGGAAAAUCUCCAUCAUACAUGCGUCGAAUUUCUUCCACCUAUUUAGCUGGGAGUCGCAGUUGGUCAUCUGCGAGCGCAUUGUGCGUUUCUUUCGGCGCGGUUCCAGCGCAGAAAAUCCAGCCGUGUUGUUCGGGGUGCAUAUAGGCAGAGACAAGCCAGGUGAGGAUGAACAUUUCAGGAUGUUCCUGCAUGAUGAGACGACAUUCCAGUUGCUAUGGAACGAGGUAGGAAAGAGAACUGGUACGUCCUGGAAAGUGAGCUCGGAGUUCCCAGCGUUGCCGCGCCCAAAACCAAAUAUUUUUGGUAAAGAUGCGAGAGUGUUGCGUUACGUUGUGAGGAGUCAGAUAGUGAGGUAGUUAGUGAGAUACCUACCUAAGUAUAGAAACUAGGAGGUAACAUGGCAGCUGAGCUGAUUGUAAAUGGUCCUAUGGACAGCUGACUAUAGAAUACAUGAUGGUUCUAUCGUUCUAUAAUCUAUUACCCCCAAGCUGGUUUCCCCUCUCUCCGCAUUAUACAUAAAACAAGACGUAACAUCAGCCUUCGUUACAUGUGUCCUAUAAUCCUACCGUCUUCUGCAUAAGUGCCGACCGAGAAGCGUAGCACCAGCCUUGCUUACCUAUAUUCCAUAGUCCUACCAUACUUUCUACGCAUGAUGACUGCGCUGCUGGGCUACGCUCCGAUGCAGAGACGGCAAAGGACGGC